AUGUCGAGCUCCUCUGCUCGACCGAUCCGGAAACAACCCAGUCGGCACUCAAUUGCGCGAUCACCAUUCAGCAAUUCGUACCUGUCGGGCUCCUUCCUGCCUGGCUCGCCUCUAGCCCAGGAGUCGAUCGCACGGGAUCUUGAGGAGUGCGACGACGAUGAUGGGGUCAACAAUUCCGAAAAUGGAACGUCAAGCUCUGAAGAUGAUUCUUCGGAAGCGUCGACUGUGCGCCCUGAGGCGGUGCAACACUCCAUGGCCAAUUCGUAUAGGAGGCCAAGUUUUGUAGCCUUUGGAGGGACGAGGGGUGCGGUGACGCCGCAGCUCCAGGAACCGACCUACUUAACGAAGAAAGAAAAGAAGGCAGCAAGAAAUGAAGAGAGAAGCCUGCUAAGGGACAAUCAUCUUGCUCCACCGAAACACCCUGAACCGAAAGACCGAAGUGCUCUGAGUCGGUUGUACAAGCGGCUAUUCAGUACCAGGAGACCGAAGACCGUGGCAGACGAAGAGGCGGAUGCUGAAGACCCAACAUCCAUUGUAGGGCCGUCAGAAACGACUGCGUUACUGGGAGAUGGUGCACCUGAAUCUGCGAGAACCCGUCAUGAGAGACUGAACGCUCAAUGGGAAGCAGCUGUCGCAUCUGGGAAGAUCAAGACAACAUGGCAGCGCGAAGCGAAGACGUUGUGGAAAUACUCCAGUCCUCUGGUUGUCACCUUCGUGCUUCAAUACUCUCUACCAGUCGCCAGUAUCUUUACAGUCGGACAUCUUGGGAAGGUGGAACUCGGCGCAGUCAGUUUGGCUAGUAUGACUGCGAAUAUUUCUGGAUAUGCGAUAUACCAAGGAUUGGCUACGAGUUUGGAUACGCUAUGUGCGCAGGCUUACGGGAGCGGGAAGAAACAUCUCGUUGGACUUCAGCUGCAGAGAAUGGUGUAUUUUCUAUGGAUUCUGACAAUACCAAUCGGCAUACUCUGGCUAUUUGCUGAGAAGAUCUUGGAGAAGAUGGUCCCCGAAAAGGAAUCUGCAGAGUUCGCAGGACUUUACCUCCGAAUCUUACUCAUUGGUGCACCCGGAUACGCUUGUUUCGAGAGUGGGAAGCGCUUUGUACAGGCUCAGGGCUUGUUUUCUGCGACUACCUACGUUCUGCUUGUUGCAGCACCUCUGAACGCUUUCAUGAAUUGGCUGUUUGUUUGGCAUUUCGAUUGGGGCUUCGUUGGUGCUCCAAUUGCGGUUGCUGUUACGGAUAAUCUUUUGCCGAUUCUCUUGUUCCUAUAUGUGAGAUUCGUUGAUGGUCGACAAUGUUGGAACGGUUUUACUUGGAAGGCAUUCCAUAAUUGGGGCCCAAUGAUCAAGCUUGCGCUACCGGGUCUGCUAAUGGUCGAGGCGGAAUAUCUAGCAUUUGAAAUCUUGACACUUGCAGCCAGUUACUUCGGUACCACACAUCUUGCUGCUCAGAGCGUCCUGAGUACUAUCACUGCAAUGACUUUUCAGAUCCCAUUCUCGACUUCGAUCGCAGCCUCAACUCGUAUUGCGAACUUGAUUGGUGCUACUCUCAGUGAUGCUGCGAAGACGUCCGCUAUAGUGGUAAUGAUAACAGCAACUGUCAUUGGAGUAUUCAACGUCAUUCUCCUCUCGUCCCUCCGCAACCUCAUACCUCAACUCUUCACCAACGACCAAGGCGUAUCCGACCUCGUCGCCCGCGUGAUGCCUCUCUGCGCAGCAUUUCAGCUCUUUGACGCCCUAGCAGCCAAUUGCAACGGUCUGCUUCGAGGUCUUGGAAGACAGGAGAUAGGAGGUUGGGUUAACCUUUUCUGUUAUUAUGUUAUCGCGAUGCCGAUCUCGUUCUAUACCGCUUUUGCGCUGGACUGGGAGUUGCAUGGUCUUUGGUCAGGAGUGGCUCUCGCCCUUGGCUUGGUCGCUGCUGCUGAAGGAUAUUUCAUCUGGAAGGCCGAUUGGAAUCAAGCUGUUGAAGAUGCUCAGACGAGGAAUAACGCUGGCUAA